CAGCUGUACUACAUUUGGAACCUUGAUGAUCUUCCCUUGUCCAAUACUAGAAUGGGUUGCUCAGUACCCGUGCUCAAGCGCUCACUGCCCGCUUUCUUCCUGUGAUUGGCAUUGUCUGAACCCUUUCUUAUUUUCAAACGAAGCUACCUGUCGAUUUUGACUUACUACCGCAAUCCAAUCCUCAGUUCAUCUCAUCUUAGCAUGACCCUCAAACUAACGGAUGACAUCAAGAAAGAAAUCGGCCAGCAUUUCAUCUUCGGAUUUCAUGGGCCCACACCCUUCUCUGGUAAAGGAAAGGACAUCCUGACCCUCACAGGUCCAGGAUACUGGGCAGGAAACGUUAUUUACAUGAAAAGAAAUGUAGUGGAGACGGUGUCAGAACCUCCCGUUGAUUCAAAACACGGACGAGCUGAAGAGAUUGCAUCGCAUAUUGCAGGUCUACAGCAGCAUGCUCGUGCUUCUGGUCAAAGUAUCGGACUAGGAAUCGGUACAGACCAAGAGGGAGGUUUAGUCUCUGCUUUCAGCACGAACGGUGUCGCGACACUUUUCCCUGGUGCAAUGGCCAUGGCCUCAAUUCCAGAUAUCGAUGACCUGACUUCAGGUGAUAUUGUACGAAAGAGCUCCUUGGAAUUCACGGAGGCCAUCUACGCUGCUCAAGGUGCUGAACUGAACAUGCUCGGCGUCAACUGGGCAUUUGCACCUGUCGGUGACGUGAAUAGUGAACGAGAGAACCCUGUCAUCGGCGUACGCAGUUUUGGUGAUGACCCUGAACGCGUAGCGCAACACGUUCUUUCUUCAUGCAAGGGCCUGACAAGUGCAGGAGUCGCACCCAGCGUCAAGCACUUCCCUGGCCACGGAGAUACUCGCGUUGAUUCUCACCUUGGACUACCCCGGAUAUACAAAGAGUGGGCUCACAAUUCUGACGGGUCAGGAUUAGAGGAUAUCGAGCUAGUUCCCUUCAGGCGGUUGACGGAAAAGAGGAAAGCCGGCACCAACACUGCACUAGGCUUCGACGAUAACGCACGCGACAUGAUCACUGUUAUGACAGGACAUAUGUCUCUGCCACUUGUCACAGGAAAGGCUGACGAACCAGCUUCUUUGAGCGCUGUUGUUACGAAUGGGAUCCUGCGCGAGAGAACUAGUGGGCUAGGCUUUGACGGUGUUGUGGUGACUGAUUGUCUCGAGAUGGAUGCCAUAUCCAGAACCAAGGAGGAUUUAAGAAAGGAAAAGAGAGGCGAAAUCGGCGCUGUGCUGGCUCUGGAGGCUGGAGCAGACGUAGUAAUGAUCUGCCAUACAUUUGAAAAGCAGAGAGCAGCUGUCGAGCGCGUCUGGGCGGCUGUUGAGAGUGGUAGAAUUUCUUUGGACGUUUUGAGAGAAAGUACAAAAAGGAUCGCGAAAUGGAAAAAGGCCUUGGGUCUGGAAUGGGACCUGUACGCCGAGCGGGUAGGCUGGAAUCUGAAUGCCUGGGAUCAACUUAAGGGCAAGAAUGCUGCUUUGAGUUUGGCUGCGUACAAACGAACAGCUGUCUGCUUAUUGCUGUUUUCACAAAAGUUGGCGCCUCGGUCACACGCUUUACUUUUUGGCUUCAAAAUGAUAUCGAACGAAAACAUUGAUAUCUCACUCGUUCCUCGACCGAUUACUGUAAAAUUUAGUGCGUUGACAAGCUGUAGUAUGCGCUCAGAGCGCCCCAUGGUUAUUUCUUCCAAAAUAUAUAAUUUUACAAAUCUCAGCUAUCAAAUGGUGCCAAAUGAAAACAAAGAUAUCUUGCUCAAUUUUCCACCAAUGACUGUAAUUUUUAGUGCCUUGACAAGCUGUAAGGCAUCCUUAGAACGCCCCAUAGUUGUAGUAUGUGGUAGAGCGAAAUCAAUUUGA